AGAUUUUGUGUCCCACUGCCAGCGCCAGGCGAUUCAACCUCUCUCUCUCCAUUGCACUUUUCCUUCAUUUUAUUCGUCUUCUUCAAUUCAGCUCCAUCAGUUUUUGUUUAUACCUGUAAAAUCAUUGCAAUUUUGAGGAAGAGAAAAGAUCGAUUUGUGUAAUGUCAGUGGCGUGUGGAGUGGAGUGCGUGUUUGUGCUGGGGUGCUUCCGGUGGGCCUGGAAGCGCUGCACCUAUACCGGAAACGACGACAGCGCCGCCUGGCCGGACGCCACGCGCGAGGAAUUCGACCCCGUCCCUCGCGUCUGCCGUAUCAUCCUCGCCGUUUACGAGGAGGACCUCCGCAAGCCCAAGUUUCCUCCCCCCGGCGGCUACCGCCUCAACCCCGACUGGGUGAUCAAGCGCGUCACCUACCAGGAGACUCUCGGCAACGCGCCGCCGUACCUGAUCUACCUCGACCGCGACCACGGCGAGAUCGUCCUCGCCAUCCGCGGCCUCAAUUUGGCCAGGGAGAGCGAUUACAAGGUCCUCCUCAACAACAGCCUCGGCAAGCAGAUGUUCGACGGCGGCUACGUCCACCACGGCCUCCUGACGUCGGCCAAGUGGUUGUUGAACAGAGAAUCCGAGACUCUGAGGAAGCUCUGGGAGGAGAACGGGAGGCGCUACAAGAUGGUUUUCGCCGGCCAUUCAUUGGGAUCCGGCGUCGCGUCGCUGCUCACGGUCAUCCUUGUCAACCACCGACAAGAGUUCGGCGGAAUUCCGAGGGAUCUGAUCGCGUGCUACGCGGUGGCUCCAGCUCGGUGUAUGUCUCUCAACCUCGCCGUCAAGUACGCCGACGUCAUCCACUCCGUCGUCCUACAGGACGAUUUCUUGCCAAGAACAGCCACCCCAUUGGAAGAUAUAUUCAAAUCCAUAUUCUGCUUGCCAUGCUUGUUAUUUCUAGUGUGCUUGAGGGAUACAUUCAUCCCUGAAGAUAGAAAGCUCAGGGAUCCCAGAAGACUAUACGCACCAGGUCGAAUGUAUCACAUCGUAGAAAGAAAAUUCUGCAGAUGUGGGAGGUUUCCUCCACAAGUAAGAACUGCCAUCCCAGUUGAUGGGAGAUUUGAGCACAUUGUGUUGUCAUGCCAUGCCACUUCUGAUCACGGAAUUAUUUGGAUUUCGAGAGAAUCUGAGAUGGCAUUAGAAAGACUGAAGGCGGUUAGUGCUGAGACCAUCGUCACGACUCCCCCUCAAGUACAGAAGAUGGAGAGACUGCAGACCAUUAAAAAGGAACACAAAGAUGCACUGGAAAGAGCAGUCAGUUUGAAUAUACCUCACGCUGCUUCAACAACCGAAGAACAAGGGGAAGAAUCUUUAGGGAAUCACAACAGACAAUCCUCAGAAGGGACAAUGAUGAUUAGUAUAUCUGCUGAUGCAUCAUCAUCAUCUUCUUCUGAGAAGGAAGGUGUCAAGGGGGAUGGAAAGGAGGGGGGAGAUGGCUCAAAAACCAGGGCCAGGACUAACUGGGAUGAACUGGUUGAAAAGCUUUUCAAGAGAGAUGACAAUGGGAAGAUGCAAUUGAAAAGAGAUGUUGUCUAAUGAGGUAAUUGUGAGAACAGUAUUCUUUUGUAUCCCACCCCUACUAUUUUUUCCCCAAUUCAAAAUUGUGAGUUUUUGAGUGUAUGACUUGUCAAAACUUCAACCCAUUUGUGUGUGGAUGAGAGUAACUAUUGUGAAUUGAAACUAUUCUUAAGUAACACUUGAGAAAAAUUUGUGCGUUUGUGCAUUAAACUUUUGCUUUGGGA